AUGAGUGCAACAACCCCGAAAGAUCCCUACCGCGGCCCGCGCCACCAAGGCGAAUACGACCGCCUCAGCACCCAACAUGAACUCGUCAAAACCGCUAUGCACGGAAAGCUUCUCUAUUCUCCUGUCGAUCUGACAGCCCCGAACUUUCGCGUUCUCGACUCCGCGACUGCCCAAGGUACCUGGCCGAUUGACCUGGCCCAGUCUGUGUCCCCGACUGCCACUCUCAUCGGAACCGAUGUUGCACCUCAGCAUUUCACACCUGAAGAUCAACGGCCCUCAAAUGUGCACUUGAAAACACACUCCAUAUUUGACACUUGGCCAGAAGACUUUCAGAACAGUUUUGAUGUGGUACACCAACGAUUUGUACUAACAGUCUGCUCCAACGAGGCCGGGCAAGACGCGGUGCGAAAGCUUUUGGACUGCGUGAAGCCAGGCGGUUGGAUUGAAUUACACGAGGGAAACAUGCUUCGUAUCAAGGAAGGUCCUGAGCAUGUGGCUUUCAUGCGAUUCCGAGACAUCAUGGUCAAGGCAUGGGCUGCCAUCGGAAAUCAACCGAGCCCUGGGCACUAUUUGGUUCCCUGGCUGAAGGAUGCUGGUGCCAUUGACAUCCAAGAGGAGGUUCAGACAAUCGAGGUUGGAGCCGAGGCCAAGGAUCAGGAUCAAGGCGAGAGAGCGAUCGCUGUUUUGCUUCAUCUGUUGGAUGGAAUGAAGAUCAUGCUCGGUGGUGAGUAA